AUGUCGAAAUCCGAUAUUGAGCACAGCUCAGACUCCGAGGCGAAUGGUGUGACGGCUGCCACUGCGCCAAGGCCGACUCUGUGGCAACGAUUCAAGGCGCAUAUGAAAAAAUGGUGGUGGGUGUAUUUGAUUGCGUUCGGUGUCAUAGUAUUGGUGACAGUACUACCCAUCAUCUACGUGGGAAUCCCUCAUUUUGCCAGCAAAUACAUCAACGACUACCAGUACGACAGCGAGGGACUUGAAAUAACCAACCCUCGACCGAAUGCAUUCCAUGUCAAGCAGAAGAAAUCUUUAUCCAUGGGCGGUGGCUUCAGUGGCAGUGGAUAUCUGACGGCUUUCAACGCAAGCAUCCGCACAUCGGAUACCAACGAGGAGUUUGCUAUUUUCCCCGUGCCAAAAAUCGAUUUCAGUGACGGCGCAACCAUUGAGUUUGACACAGAUCUGGACUUGACCUGUAUUGAAUGCUUGUCGAAGAUUGCUGUUCAAGCAGCUACCGACGAGAACUUCGCGAUAUUGGCAACGGCACAUCCAGAUCUGAAGCUCAGUGGACUCCCAACUGCCCAUUUGGAUAUUCAUAAGACGAUGAAUAUGGACGGUUAUAAUGUAACCGCUUGGAGCUUCUUGACCCCCCCAGAAGAUGGUUAUAACUUCAAUGCAACCAUCUCCGUGCGCAAUCCGACUCCCUUUAGCGUUGAAAUGGGCCAUGUCACCUUUAAUCUGACCAUGGGAGGGGACAAACUUGGAUACGUGGACUUGCCAAACUUGAAACUUGGAAAUGAUAUCACCGAUACUGUCGUGCGCGGACAGGUCGAUAAGUCGAAACUUGUUGAGGAAGCUUUAUUGGGCGAUGGCGAUGGCGCUACAGUCACAAUUGGAAUUCAUGGGCACAGCUGUGAGUAUAACGGGCAGGAUAUUCCAUAUUUCAGCGCGGCCAUAAGAGCUGUUUCUGCAGACGCACAAAUUGAUCUGCUCAAAUAUGCAUCAAAACUAUUUUAA